AUGGCUCCCACGUCCAGCCAGGAUACUGAAGAGGCUGAGGAAGAAAUCCUCUUGUCUCCGGUGAACCAAGAGCCGGUGUGUGGAGGCCUGGAGCCUCCAACCAGAUCAUCACUGAAUCCCAUGGCUUCCCCAGGCCAGCAGGACACCAGACCCCAGGCCCCACAGGCCUCCUUUCCCAUCCACCUGCAGGCAGCCUCCGAGUCCUUGGACCCACACACCCUGCAGCUGCUCUGGGGACAGCGAGAGUUGGAGAUCCAGGCCCUACGCUGGGUUGUCCAUGGUGGCCGAGAUGCUCGGUACAACCACAUCUUGCAAGAGGUGGCAGGGUUUCCUGCAGAGAGGAGCUCCUGGAAUCAGGAAAAGUUCCUGCAGAACCAGGUGCAGAAGCUAACCCUGGAGCUGAAAGAGCAACAGAAGCAAGCCCAGCUGGAGAAGGAGAAACUAGAGCAGCAGUUGUUGCAGACCAUCCAAACGCUACAGCAACUCGAGGCAGAGCUGGAGACCUUUCAGAAGUCCUGCCUCCUGCAGCUGGCCUGCUCGUCCUGGUUGGGCCGCAUACUGCGGUCUCAGACAGGCAGCGUGGAGGUAGUGACAGCAGAGACAAUAAUGGAGCCUUGUGAUUCCUCCCAAACUGAGCUGGUCUCCAUCUCAGGGGAGGGUUUCCAGCUGAAGGAUGUGGACUGGAAUAGUGUCGCCCAGCGGUACCCCAACCUGUUGACAGAGGCAGCCCUCUUGGAGCACAAGCAGCCCCGGCCACCACCACAGCUGCCGAAGCAACCGGAACACAUAUGUGGCUCCGCAUCCCGCCUGGAGCGUGUCGAAGGUCACACCAAGAGCGUCGAGUGGAGCACCCUACCCUUGAACUCCACCAGCUCUGAGGUCAUCAACGUCAACUCCAGAACCUCUCAGCUGUCCACACCAUCUCGUGUGCAGAAGGUGACAGGGCAUCCGCCUGGGGAGUCAAGUCAUGUGUCUCUCCAGCAGACCACGGCCCGGGAGAAGAUUGGCAGCUCAGAUACUCUCUGUGGCCCGUCAGGUGCAGUGGGUACCCCCUGCCCCCCAGCCCUGCCCUAUGUGCACAGGCAGGCAGAGCCCAAGAGGGAGGCACUAAGCCGACUGCCACGUCCCAGCAGCAGACCUAUCCUCACUGACCACUCCAUGUGGGGGUUACUUUGCUCAGAUCUAUUGAAAACCCUCUCGGAAGAGGUGAAGCAGCCAGUCCCGCAGCCUGAAGCCAGGAAAGACUCCCGUUCCUCAGCUCAGAGGUCUAGCAGGAGAUUGAUUAGCUCCUGUCUGAAGAUCGUGGCCGUGAACCCCCGUGAGAAGUUCAUCCGCGUCCUCAAUCAGUCGCUAGAGCAGACGGCCGACCUGGGCGGCUUAGUGCUCCAGCAGCUGGAGCGUGAAUUCCCCGUGUGCUUGUAUCGAUUCCCUGCCGGCACGCUGUUGGCGCCUCAGCACCAUGUCACGGUGUGGGGCGAGGGGUUCAGCAACACCAAGAAACACCUGCCCGCAUCCUUGGACGGCGAGUCGACCCAAUUCCACCUCAGCCGUAACCGUGUAACCGUUCUCCUGAACCUCGACGGCGAGAUCCUCAGCGAGUUCCAGACCCCGCGCUCUAGGACCCCAGUGUCGAGGGUCUUCUCGGACAACACCGAUUUGUCCAUCGACCGCGUCCCACUUCCGGAAGCCCCGUCGGACGCUGAUACCAAUGUGCAGCAGCGCCAGUCUCGGUCCUUGCGCAAGGGACGGUCGCCAGGGCUCCGGGCACAUCGCCGGAAACCCAGAACUCGGGUCUUUUUGCCUCUCCUGGCCCCCAACAAGCUCCUCCAGCCGCGGGAAGAGCCCAAAUGGCCCGAGGACGCCAAAGCCCCAAAGCCUCUGCCCACCAUCCCGGAGGCUGGGCCGGGCCUUCACAACAGCCAAGCCAGGAAAGAGAUCACUGUCCGGGUGUGCCGGAAGGACGUGGACCGGAGCUGCCCCAUGGUGGCGCUGUCGGUGCAGAGCACAGCAGAGAGCAGGUACGGCUUUCGCUUCCUGAGCUGCCCGCCCAUCACCGUAGAUGCCUCGAGGCCAAGAAACCCUGAUGAGUGGAAGCAGAUUGUGCCUACCCAGGCCAGCCUUGGCUCUCUCUGCCCCUACUGGCUGUUCCCCACCAUCAAAGGACUUUUCUAG